AGAAGAGGACGAGGAGUGAGAUGAACUAAGACAAAGAAAGAAGGGAAAAUCAAGGUGUUGGCAGCCAAGGUGGACAAGGUCAACAAUACGAACACCUAAAAAAGAAGAAAAAAUUGGCAAACACUUUCCACCUGAAGAGGCCCUUCCUGGAUAUAAAGAAAAGUGAAAAUAAAGCAACUGAGGAUUCAGGCAGCGAGAUCGGAUCACCACUGAAGAGUUUGAAACAAAGCAUUUUCCCAUGAUUCUCCUCAGUGCUCUCAGCAUGCUUUCUUUGCUGUCACUGUAUGUGGGAGCGCAGCUGUCCUCAGAUGCAUCUCCAGCCUGCAUACAGCCACUGUGCAAGGACAGUCUAGUAGCUGCACCCAUCCCAGCUGGGACAGGAGGAGGCGUGAGCACCACCUCCUGUGAGGGUCAAACUGGGACGAGUGCGUGCAGGAUGCGGUUUUCGCUCCCGGCCAUAUCCAACGUUCAGAAAGUGGACCACAGAGAACUUCUCUUAAAGACUGGAGGAGUCAAAGAGCGCCUGGUUCAGCUGCAACACUGCAUGCGCACUCUCCAGGAAUCAGGGGGCCCCUGGAGUCAUGGCAGCCAGGAGGACAACUCUCUAGGGUCCAUCCUGGCUUUGAUGGCAGCUGUUCUCACAGAGUGUGACCUCCACUGUCACAGCCAAACCCUUGGAGCGAUGGCCAAGCGACUCCAAAGUGCUGCAGUCGGUAGAGAAGGGGAAAAAGACCUUCUGCUUUUCCUCAAAAGUAUCACACAGAAUCCACCCACAGUUGCCCCCAUGGAGAGGUUACAUCCUCAGGACUGUGCAGAUAUUUACAGGCUUGGGAUCAAAGAGAACGGAAUCUACACCAUCCAGCCUAAUCUGUACGGGCCGGCACUGGAGGCUAAAUGUGACAUGGAGACAGCGGGCGGCGGGUGGACGGUGAUCCAGAGUCGGCAGGAUGGUUCGGUGGACUUCAACAGGACCUGGCAGGAAUACCGGGAUGGGUUUGGCAGCCUCCAAGGAGAGCACUGGUUGGGUAAUGCCGUGCUGCAUACCCUCACAUCUACCAGCCAACACCAACUCCGGAUCGAGCUGGAGGACUGGCACCACCAGAAGCGCCAGGCUACCUACAACAAUUUCAAAGUGGCCUCAGAGGCGCAGAGGUAUCGGCUGACAGCCCGGGAGUACUUUGGCAAUGCAGGCAAUGCACUGAGCUACAGUAAGCGUUACAACCACGACGGCAGAUUUUUCAGCACUGCAGACCGAGACCAUGACCGGUACAGCUCUGGAAACUGCGCUCAGUAUUACGGUGCAGGCUGGUGGUUUGACGCGUGCCUGGCAGCAAACCUGAACGGACGCUACUACCAUGGACGGUACACUGGGUUGACCAAUGGUAUCUACUGGGGCACAUGGUACAUCCUGACAGACGGAAGGAUGGGAGAACGCUACUCCUUCAAGGAGGUGGAGAUGAAGAUCAGGCCCAGGAACUUUGCAGAAGGAAAUUGAGGAUCAUGUGAAAAAUUCACAGUGCAAUAGUUACUGCAACACACUCCAGCAGUCUUGAUAGGAGACACGCAGAUGAAAACGUCUUGGAUUGCUUUUGAUAGAUGCUUUAGUCAUGUUAUUAUGUACAGUUCUAUUUAGACCAGAUUUCCACCACUUACCAAUUAUAUACAGUUGGCAACUGAUAUAUUAAAGAAAGAAAAACAAAAACCCAAUUUUCUUUUGUUUUAUAGUGGAUAAUUCAAGGAUUUCCUCCGACAUAACGAAUGUAACAAUAUAACAAUGGAACAGAAGCUAAAACUAUUCUUUGUAGAAGUUGCAAUGUGUUUAACAGAACCUUAACUGUAUGUUAAAAACCUUAUUCACCUCUGAUCCCCAUGGAAAAGCGUCAAUCCGUGAAAUUGAGUCCAUAUGAGGUAGGGCCUUAUGAGGGAGGUCAAGAUAUUUUGGCUCUAUUUUUUCGGGGGCAAUCAUGUCUUCAAUCUUUAUAUAUAUAAUCUAAGCUCAUGAUAGAAUAGCCUUCACCAGGCUCAGUUCUGGUUCUGACGCUCCCUCUAACACUUUUGUUGAUUCAGUAAUAUGAAUACCUCCACUGCUGCUUCAGAGGUGCAACAACUUUGCCCCCAAUUUCCACCUCUAUAUCCCACAAUCUAAACGAUAAGGAGAAAUAAA